GCGUGGCUUCCGGCUCGGAUCGGAACCCGGAGUCCGGACUCGAUCCGGGUAUCAACAUUCCAAAAACAGAUACCAGAAAUGGCUGAAGAAGGUGGUGACUUUAUAUGGUGUGAAGAUUGCAAUCAGUAUCAUGAUUCAGAAUGUCCAGAGCUGGGUCCUGUGGUGACAGUCAAAGACUCUUUUGUGUUAAGUAGAGCAAGAUCAUCCCUUCCUUCCAACUUGGAGAUCAGACAACUUGAAGAUGGGACUGAAGGUGUUUUUGCAGUAACUCAACUUGUGAAGCGUACCCAGUUUGGUCCCUUUGAAUCCAAGAGAGUUGCCAAACUAGAAAAGGAAUUAACAUUUCCAUUGAAGGUUUUUCAGAAGGAGGGGUCUCCAGUCUAUUUUGAUACAUCUAAUGAAGAAGACUGUAACUGGAUGAUGAUGGUGAGACCUGCCAGUCUAUAUGAGCAUCAAAACCUGACUGCUUUUCAACAUGAUAAUGACAUUUACUUCACUACUUCUCGGGACAUCCCUCCGGGAACUGAGUUAAGAGUAUGGUAUGCAGCUUUCUACGCCAAAAAAAUGGAAAAGCCUGUUCUAAAGCAAUGCAUUGUCAAUGCUGUGGUGGAAUGUGACCAACAACGAAAUAAAAGCACUUAUCCUGCUGCCUUUUCUUUUGAGAAGCUCAAGAAAUUAGCCAAGAAUAAUCAAUCUGCCAGAACUGAUCCUUCAGAACAUGGGCAGGGUCAUUUGGAGCAAGCUAAAACAGUUCCACAGAGCAAUCAAAAUGAUGUUCAUCUAGAGAAGGCUGUGGAAGUUACCCAUACUGAUCAGCCCAUCAUUAUCUGUGAAAGUGCCAAUUCCCAAGUGGAUAUGAAGAAAAAAACUCGACGGGGCAGGAAAGCCAAAGGAGCAAAAGUAGAAACACCUCUUGUGAUUGUGGAUGAUAAAGAUUCUACUGCAGUGAACUCAGUGGACCAUGUGGCUGAAAUUAUUACUGAGGUCCCACCUGAUGACACAGCGAUUCCUUCAGCAGCAGAAGAUCAAAUUAUGGAGCUGAUGUUAGCGAAGCUACCCAGUACUGCAAACAACAUGAGUUCAUUAACAAAGUUUCCUCACCAUCAGAGCUCUGUAUCCCUUAAGAGAAGCUUAAUCCUUUCCAGCCGACACGGGAUUCGACGCAAGCUGAUCAAGCAGCUUGGGGAACACAAGAGGGUGUAUCAGUGUAGUAUCUGCAGUAAAAUGUUCCAAAAUAGUAGCAAUCUUAGUCGACAUAUCCGCUCUCACGGUGACAAACUAUUCAAAUGUGACGAAUGUGGUAAGCUUUUUAGUCGAAAAGAGAGUUUGAAGCAACAUGUUUCAUACAAACACAGUAGGAAUGAGGUUAACAAUGAAUACAGAUACAGAUGUGCUACAUGUGAGAAAGCUUUUCGGAUAGAAAGUGCAUUAAAGUUCCACAACUGCAGGACAGAUGAUAAGACAUUUCAGUGUGAGAUGUGUUUCAGAUUCUUUUCUACAAACAGCAAUCUUUCAAAACAUAAAAAGAAACAUGGGGACAAAAAAUUUGCCUGUGAGAUUUGCAAUAAAUUAUUCUACCGAAAGGAUGUGAUGUUGGAUCAUCAGAGGCGGCAUUUGGAAGGAGUGAGACGGGUUAAAAGAGAAGAAUUCGAGCACAGUGCAGAGAAUAUGGUCCGCUACAAGAAAGAGCCUUCCAGAUGCCCAGUGUGUGGAAAGAUUUUUUCAUGCAGAAGUAAUAUGAAUAAGCAUCUUUUGACCCACGGAGAUAAGAAAUAUACAUGUGAGAUUUGUGGCCGUAAAUUUUUCAGAGUCGAUGUUCUGAGAGAUCAUAUUCAUGUUCAUUUUAAGGACAUAGCAAUAAUGGAUGACCACCAGAGAGAAGAGUUUAUUGGCAAAAUUGGAAUCUCUUCAGAAGAAAAUGAUGACAACUCAGAUGGAAGUGUGGAUUCUGAGCCCCACAAGUAUAGCUGCAAAAGGUGCCAGUUAACGUUUGGCCGAGGUAAAGAGUACUUGAAACACAUCAUGGAAGUUCACAAAGAGAAGGGUUAUGGUUGUAGCAUCUGCAACAGGCGCUUUGCUUUGAAGGCAACUUACCAUGCUCAUAUGGUCAUACAUCGGGAGAACUUACCAGACCCCAAUGUGCAAAAAUAUAUUCAUCCAUGUGAAAUCUGUGGAAGAAUUUUUAACAGCAUAGGAAAUUUAGAACGACAUAAACUUAUUCAUACAGGGGUGAAAAGUCAUGCUUGUGAACAAUGUGGCAAGUCAUUUGCAAGGAAGGACAUGUUAAAAGAACACAUGAGAGUCCAUGAUAACAUCCGAGAAUAUCUAUGUGCAGAAUGUGGUAAAGGAAUGAAAACAAAGCAUGCAUUGCGACACCACAUGAAGCUGCAUAAAGGGAUAAAGGAGUACGAAUGUAUGGAAUGCCAUCGGAAAUUUGCACAGAAAGUCAACAUGCUUAAACAUUAUAAAAGGCACACAGCAGGGAUCAAAGACUUCAUGUGUGAGCUCUGCGGAAAGACCUUUAGUGAGAGGAACACAAUGGAAACCCAUAAACUAAUUCACACAGUGGGGAAGCAGUGGACAUGUUCAGUGUGUGAUAAAAAGUAUGUCACAGAUUACAUGCUUCAAAAGCAUAUCCAGCUGACUCAUGAUAAAGUAGAAGCUCAGAAUUGUCAACUCUGUGGGACAAAAGUUUCUACUAGAGCUUCAAUGAGUCGUCACAUGAGAAGAAAACAUCCAGAGGUUCUUUCAGUUAGGAUUGAUGAUUUGGAGCCGCUGUCGGAGACCACAACUGUUGAUGCUUCAUCUAUAGGAAUUGUGCAGCCAGAUCUAGCUCUGGAACAAAGUGAAUUACCAGAAGGGAAGCAUACAAAGGCUCAUAAACGAGGUCAUAAACAGAAGCACAAACCUGGCGAAGAAGAGGAAACACAACUUCCUGAAGAUUCUGCCUUCACUGAAUAUACAGAAAAAGAAGUGGAAUUUACAGGAAAUGUAGGAGAUGAAACUAAUUCAGCAGUGCAAAGCCUUCAACAGGUGGUGGUGGCCCUUGGAGAUCCAAAUGUGUCAGCUCCUUCUAGUUCUGUUGGUUUGACCAAUAUUAGUGUUACUCCAAUCACUACAGCUGCUGGAACCCAAUUUACAAAUCUACAACCUGUGGCCGUAGGUCACCUUGCCACGCCUGAACGCCAAUUGCAGUUAGACAAUUCUAUUCUCACAGUGACAUUCGAUACAGUUACUGGUUCUGCCAUGUUGCAUGGCAACCGCCAAAAUGAUAUCCAGAUACAGUCACAACCUGAGGCAACCAACCCCCCUUCAGUAGCUCAUUUUAUAAACCUAACAACUCUGGUGAACUCCAUUGCUCCACUAGGGAGCCAAAUAUCAGAACAGCAUCCCUUAACAUGGAGGGCAGUGCCUCAAACUGACGUCUUACAGACUCAGGCCCAGCCAUCCCAACAGACAGGACAACAGCAAGUUCAACCUGAACAGCAGCAGCAAAUGUACAGCUACUAACUUUUACUUCAAAGAAGACAACCAACCUCUGAAUGGGUUUGCAGAAGCCCAUUGGACGCCAAACCUAAAUCAAUUGCUGGAAACCAAACAUGGGGAAUAAAAGGCUUACACUAUGAGAUAUAUGCUGAUGUUAACCCAGAAACUGGAAAUGCCAAGCCCUUUACAAUUUCACUCUUAGAGAAAUCAUUGCUACUUUAGCAAAUUAUGGGUACUGUUAAUAAGCAGCAGGAAAUAGAUAUGAGGCAGGUUUUAGAAGAGCUGAGAUCAAUUAAGAAAGAGGUGGGGGUAAAUGCAAUUAUACUGCUUUUAAAGCAGCAGCAGCAGAAUGCUUCAAUGUAAAGCUAGGAUAUGCCUGCCUGGGGUACAAGAGCCUAACUGAGCAAAAAAAAAAAAAAAAAUUUUUUUUUUAAGUUUUGCUUUUGCUUCCAUAGACCAAUCCAUUGCAUCUAAUGGAACAAAGUGGGUGGAAGUCGGGUGGGGUUAGUCUGUGAUGUGAUAUGUGCUUCGUUUCAUGUAUCAUUUCCAUUAUACUGAUGGAGAUACCACUCUACACAUAAGACAACAUGGUGUGUUACCUGAAAUUAGAUAGUCUAAUGUUAAAGUAAUAUUUUAUGGUCUCUUACAUAAUAAAAUUAAAACCUGAAUCCAUCUCAUGAUCUAAAUCUGUAAUGAGAUAAUAUAUUUACAAAACUGCUUGCUAAUUAAGUAUAAUGCUUAUCUAAUAGAUGGAAAGCAGUUCUUCCCAUUGAAAUUGAUUUGCCAGUUGGUCAUUAAUUCACCAAUUUGUCUGUUCUAUCAUGUCAUAAAUAUUUGGGUCCAGAUGGGUGAAAGGUAAUUUUUCCGUAAUACCCUUCAUAUUUCAUUCUGUGUUCCUGGCAGAUAUUUGCAAAUUGAGGGACCCUUUCCAAACUGACAUCAUAUAUCCACUUGUAUCAUUCAUAGCAACUGAUAGGACGGUUCUGUUUCUGGAACCAAAAAUGCAUAGCAGCUUACUACCCAGGUGCAAAUUAGAGUAUAAUAUCCAUUGCAGGUGAUACUGACCACAAAAAGGUAGACUGAACAAAGGCUAAAGAAAAAUAUUUGUCUUAAGCAAAACAUGGAAGAAAAUUCAUGUUAUCCACUCAACUUAAAGGGAACAUUUCUGAACCCUUACAUGCUGUAUCUGCUUGACGUUGUUAAAUGCAAGUUCAGUCUAUGUCAUCUGUGUAUGCUCAUUAAAUAAAAGAGAGUAGCCCAAUGGUUGAUGGGGAAAAAAUUGAAUAAACCUUGCCUUUGCCUUUGUGAA